AUUACCAUCGAUUCACGAAAUGCAAAAUUUCGCGCUACGAAACGCUUUUGUUCGUCGUGCAGAGCACGGGUAUGGUGACAUUGGUGCAGCAGCAUCAGCAAGCCGUGCCGGAGGGGAACCUGUACCAAAAGGAGCAGGAGGAACCAAAUUGUACAAUCGCCAUCCAGAGCCACGAUACCGAAAAUCAUCGUCACAGUGACGAGAUCGUACAGUCUCUGAACAACACCGCGGUCGUUGUCUCGGCGAAUGACAGUAUUGCUAGUUCCUGUACGCAGUGCAGUGACGUAGAGGAUGACGACGAAGAAGAAGCGACGGAUGCAGAGGAGGGCGAUUGGAUACCGGAUUUACCCUUGCCGGCUGUGUUACAACAGCACCAACAAGUGAGCACCGCUGAUGGGAACGUGGUGCUACCGAAUGCCGACACCUCGAGCUUCGGUGAUGUGCGCGUGAAGAACUCGAGUAACGUGCACCUUGGUAACAAAACCUUUUACAAGGGCCCGGUGACGAUAAAGCAGUUUGUUUACACCAACCCGGUUUCGGUGCAGGAGAACGAAUCGGUUAGAAGCGACGACAGUCGGGUCUCCAAUGCUGAUGCGUCGAAAGCAUCCGUCAAGAUUGAUAAAUUUGGUAGCAAUCGAAACAUUAUAACUGCAAAUAGUGAACCUGAAGUACUAACAUGGUUAUGGAGUUGGAAGUGUGCAACAUUUCUAUGUGUACUGGCCUUAAUUGUUGUAAUCGCGGUGGCAAUCGCUUCUGUGCAGAUCGUGAGUAAUAUUACAACUCCAACGGAACCACUUUUCCCUCAAAUACCAGAUUCCGGGCAAAAUGGUACGAUAGUGAAGAAUGUUCGAUUCAUUGAACGAAAUGAAUGGGGUGCUCAACCACCGUCAGAGCCACUGACAAAGAUGAAACUUCCGGUACCGUACGUGAUUAUUAGUCACACGGCAACUGAAAUUUGCUCGACUCAAUCCGAGUGUACUUUACACGUACGAUUCGCACAAACCUUCCAUAUCGAGUCUCGAGGAUGGUCGGACAUUGCUUACAACUUCUUAGUUGGCGGGGAUGGAUACGUGUAUGUCGGUCGAAGUUGGGAUUACAUGGGUGCCCAUGCCUUUGGUUUCAAUAAUAUCAGCAUUGGCAUUUCAUUCAUCGGUACAUUUAACACCGUCAUACCACGCGAAAGUCAACUAUUUGUUGCUAAACGACUUAUCGAAUUGGGUGUAGAUAAAGGCAAAAUUGCGUCUGAUUAUAAAUUACUAGGACACCGACAAAUCUCUAGGACCUUAAGCCCGGGCGAUGCUUUGUACAAAGUCAUUCAGACUUGGCCGCACUGGACGGAAAUGCCAUGA